AUGCCGGCCAUGGACUUCACGGGCGGCAUGCCUGGCGGCAUGCCUGGCGGCAUGCCUGGCGGCAUGCCUGGCGGCAUGCCUGGCGGCAUGCCAGGCGGCAUGCCGGGCGGCAUGCCGGGCGGCAUGCCGGGCGGCAUGCCAGGCGGCAUGCCAGGCGGCAUGCCGGGCGGCAUGCCAGGCGGCAUGCCGGGCAUGGACCCGCAGGCCAUGCAGGCCAUGAUGGCCAUGCAGGCCAUGCAGGCCCAGCAGCCCCCGCUCCCGAGCAUGGGGGAGCUCUGA